GAAGGAUCCACUUCCUUCCAUUAUUGUGAAGACUAAAAAGCAAAUCAAAUUAAGAAGUAAGCACAUUGGGCAUUGGGGGGAGAAAAGCUCUGUAUCUCUCUCUCUCUGCUUUUCUUUUGCUUUUUCUUGGUGCCUCUGCUAAGCAUCUUUCCCUUACUUUUGUUUUUAAUUUCUUCUUCUUCUUCUUCUACGAUUCUCUGCUUCUUUCCCUCAUUUCGUCGAUCAAUACGAAUUCAACCAAGUUUUGUGAGUGUUGGAAAUGGUAUGAAACUGUGAGUGGUUUUAGUGUGUGUGUGUGUUUGUGUGUUUGUGUGUUUGUGUUCAACUGGACUUCGGAUUCCAUGGGACUGUGUCAUGGAAAAGCCAUUCAAGAAAACCCAAAACCCAUUUCACAAAAUCAUGAUUCAGUGAUCCAAUCGGAAACCCCUACUAAUUUCCCCUUUUACAGCCCCAGCCCUCUGUCCAAUCUCUUCAACAACUCCUCUCCGGCUAACUCCACCCCUCUCCGUCUUUUCAAGCGCCCCUUUCCGCCGCCCUCUCCGGCCAAGCACAUUCGGGCUCUCCUCGCUCGCCGCCAUGCCUCCGUCAAGCCCAAUGAGGCUUCUAUCCCUGAAGGAACCGAGUGCGAUGUGGGGUUGGAUAAGAACUUCGGCUACUCCAAACACUUUGCCGCCCACUAUGACCUUGCCCACGAACUCGGCCGCGGCCAUUUCGGCUACACUUCCUCUGCCACCGCCAAAAAAGGUCCUCUCAAAGGCCACCCAGUUGCUGUCAAAAUCAUUCCCAAAUCCAAGAUGACUACAGCAAUAGCUAUUGAGGAUGUGAGAAGGGAAGUCAAAAUACUGCGAGCCCUCACCGGACACAAAAACUUGGUGCAAUUCUACGAUGCAUUUGAAGAUCAAGAUAAUGUGUACAUUGUGAUGGAGUUAUGCGAAGGAGGUGAACUUCUCGAUCGGAUACUUUCGAGGGGUGGCAAGUAUUCUGAGGAAGAUGCAAAAAUUAUUAUGGUUCAGAUUUUGAGUGUGGUCGCCUACUGUCACCUUCAAGGUGUGGUUCACCGUGAUCUCAAGCCUGAGAAUUUUCUUUUUACAUCCAAGGAGGAGAGAUCCACUCUUAAAGCUAUCGAUUUCGGGCUCUCUGAUUACGUGAAACCGGGUCUGGAUUCUGAACGAUUGUUUCUAUUCAAAAUCACCUAUCUGAAGGCAGACAGUGGAUUUCUGAGUUUUUUUUUUUUUUUAAUUGUUUGUGCAGAUGAGAGAUUGAAUGACAUUGUAGGAAGUGCUUAUUAUGUUGCUCCUGAGGUUUUACAUAGAUCAUAUGGAACGGAGGCAGACAUGUGGAGUAUUGGUGUAAUUGCUUAUAUUCUCUUGUGUGGAAGUCGACCAUUUUGGGCCCGAACAGAAUCUGGCAUUUUUCGAGCUGUUCUAAAGGCGGAUCCGAACUUUGAGGAAUCCCCAUGGCCUAGUUUAUCCUCUGAUGCAAUUGAUUUUGUGAAGAGAUUGUUGAACAAAGACUACCGCAAGAGAUUGACUGCUGCUCAAGCCCUGUGCCAUCCCUGGUUAGCUGAUCAUCAAGAUAUCAAGAUCCCAUUGGAUACAAUCACUUACAAGCUUGUCAGAGCUUAUAUUUGCUCAUCUUCGCUGCGUAAAUCGGCAUUGGGCGCGGUUGCAAAGACAUUAAGCUCUGUUCAACUGGGUUAUCUUGAGAAGCAAUUUACGGUGUUAGGACCGAACAAAAACGGGUUCAUUUCCAUGCAAAACUUCAAGACGGCUUUAAUCAAGAAUUCAACGGAUGCCAUGAAGGAUUCGAGAGUUGUAGAGUACGGCAACAUGGUUAGUUCCAUUCAGUACAGAAAAUUAGAUUUUGAAGAAUUCUGUGCAGCUGCCAUAAGUAUAUAUCAACUAGAGGGAAUGGAGAACUGGGAACAACAUGCCCGACAUGCCUACGAUCUUUUCGAUAAGGAUGGGAAUCGCCCCAUAAUGAUCGAGGAACUUGCGUCGGAACUCGGACUUAGUCCAUCGGUACCGGUUCAUGUGGUUGUCCAGGACUGGAUCAGACACUCGGAUGGGAAGCUUAGCUUCCUGGGAUUUGUGAGACUUGUACACGGUGUUUCGUCUCGGUCGUUGCAAAAAGCAUAAAAUGAAUCCACAUAAAUUUUCUGUUGACCAAAACCAUUGAGGAUUCUAUGAUAAUAUGAUCCUUGUGAGAAGGGGAAGGAAGGAAGGAAGGGUGUGAUGUGAUGUGGUGUAAUCUGUUGUAGUUGUGUAAGUUGUUUCUUACGUUUUGGCAGUGAAGUGAUUGGUGGGGUUGAAAUUGGUUAAAGGAUUUGUACAGUGGAAAAAUAGAGGAACAACAUAAUGCACUCAAAACAACUUAUUAAAA